AGCUGUUAUUCUCAUCCGGAUUUUGCACAUUUUAAAUGAUAUUAUUAUUAUAUAACACCACACGUGUGUAUUUUUAGCACCGUGAAAGUUUAAAAAGCUGAUUACAUGUGGGAGUAAGUCACAUUGUUCUAACCAGACACAUAACAGAGAUGAAGCUGUUUGUACUUCUGUUGAUUUUCACCUGUGUUGCAUGGCAACAAUCUGACGCUUACAAGUGGAUGCCACGCCCAGGUGUCAUUGGCCUGCCACGCCCAGGUGUCAUUGGCAUGUCACGCCCAGGUCCCUUUGGAAGAUACGGCCUAAUCGUAUCCAAAAGAGCAGAGAGAGAUCUUGGUACAGAACUCGACACAGACGAGGACGGCUAUCUGGAUGAAACAGAGUUAGAACAACACCUCAGUGAACGAGACAUUCUCGAUUUCAUAUCGGCUUUAAAUGAAAAUGGUGAUGACCUCCUCUCUGUUGAUGAAUUUAAUGACAAGCAGUGACCAGUUAAUCAGAUUGUGCCAUCGUUUAACAGAUGAAGUAGAUGAGUGUAUAAUAAAUCGAAUUUGAACAAAA